UUCUUCCCAGAGACCUUCCAGAAAGAACCUCCUCAUCCCCAGGGAACCAGAGGUGGAAGGGAUGUGAGAUGGUGAUGUGUGGGCAGGGAUGGGGGUGUACUAGGCCAAUAUAGGACCAAAAAGCAGUAACCUUGUUGCUGGUCAGGAAUUGGGACAAGAUUUGACUUAAUGGGCUUGGUCUGGGGAAAUUAAAAAUUUUUUAAAAGAAAAAGAAGUUAAAGGCAGUAUCCAGGAAAGAAUACUGAUAAUAGGAUCUUGAGUAAUAUUUGCUUCCACUUAGGAAAAGUUGUAUUCAAGUCCCAAGAUCUGAGUCCUUCUGUGCUCCACCUCCCUUCUGCUGUGGCCCCUUGAAAGCAGCCCUACCUGUAGAUUAAUUGUAGAUUGUGGUUGUCCACAAGACAAUACCAUGCAGAGAUUAAAGAGGAACCCUUUAUAUCUCUGGUUCACGCAUCAAAGAAAUAAUAACAGAAUUAUGGAUUCCUCUGACAACAGUGAUGACCAUGGAGAUGAUCUUGAUGAAUUCAUAUCAGGAAUCUCUAAUGAAGCCACCAAUGAAAGACAUAACAACACUCCAAUGUCCUCUUUGGUGUCCUCUGGACACAAUAUCAACAAUAGCCCAAACCCUAAUGAAUUGACAUCAGAAACCUAUGAGGAAGACGACAAUGAAAUCCAUGCCCAGAAUGAACUGACAUUAGAAAACUAUGAGGAAUCCACCAAUGAAAUCACGGCCCUGACUGAAUUGAAAUCAGAUGGCUAUGAGGAAUUCACCAGUGAAAUAACUGCCAUGAGUGAAUGGACAGCAGUAUCCUCCAAUGGACUCUCCAAUGCAAACAUUGCCUUGAGUGAACUGACAACAGUAACUUCUGGUGAAAUCAUCAACGAAAUCUAUGACUCAAGUGAGUUGAAAAGAGUAACCUGUGUUAAAGCGCCCAAGGAAAGUAUAAUGGAACGACUCUCCAGGUUCCAUGAUGAUGAUGAUGAAGACAUUGGCUUUCUCAAUUCAUAUGACAUGAUUAAGAGAAUUGUAUACUCACUUGUAUCAUCACUCACAUUCAGAAUAUUUGGAAUUUUGCUUAUCUUUGUGGAUAUGUCCCUCGUCAUUACAGACCUGCUUGUCACUAAAAACGCAAUAUAUAUUCCUGUGGAAAUUCAUUUAAUUUCUUUAGCUAUUUCUUUAUUUUUUGUCUUGGAUGUUCUUCUUCGAGUAUAUGCAGAAGGGAUACGACUGUAUUUUUCUGAUAUACUUAACUGCUUAGAUGCUGUCAUCAUUGUAGUGACUCUACUGGUUGAUAUAAUUUAUAUGUUUUAUGACCUUAAGGUUCUUAAAGAUAUCCCCAGAUUGGCAAUUUUAUUUCAAUCUCUGCGACUUAUUAUUCUGAUAAGAGUUUUCCAUCUGGCUCAUCAAAAGAAACAUCUUGAAAUGCUGACCAGAAGGCUGGUUUCAGAAAACAAACGGCGAUACAAGAAGGAUGGAUUUGACUUAGACCUCACUUAUGUUACUGAGCGUAUUAUUGCCAUGUCAUUCCCAUCUUCUGGACAGCAGUCUUUCUAUAGGAAUCCCAUUAAGGAAGUUGUGCGGUUCCUGGAUACCAAACAUCAAGACCACUAUCAAGUCUAUAAUCUAUGCAGUGAAAGAGCCUAUGAUCCUAAGUACUUCCAUUACAGGGUCCGGCGAAUCAUGAUUGAUGAUCACAAUGUCCCCACACUAAGUGAGAUGUUGGCAUUCACCAAAGAAGUAGAUGAGUGGAUGGCUCAAGAUGAUGAAAACAUCAUAGCAAUUCACUGUAAGGGAGGCAAAGGAAGAACUGGAACGAUGGCUUGUGCCUGCCUUAUUGCCAGUGAAAUAUUUACAACUGCAGAGGACAGCCUUUAUUAUUUUGGAGAACGGCGAACAGAUAAAAGCACCAGCACUAAAUAUCAGGGAGUUGAGACUCCUUCUCAGAGUAGAUAUGUUGGAUAUUUUGCGGAUGUGAAAAAUAUCUACAACUUGAAUCUCCCUGCCAGAAAAACACUCAAGAUUAAAAAAAUCGUUAUUUAUUCAAUUCACGGUGUUGGAAAAGGCAAUGGAAAUGAUCUAAAAGUACAAAUAAUAUUGCACCGCAAAAUCGUCUUUUUAAGUUCUGCUUCCAAAAAUUGUUGGAUACUUCACGAUAUUGAAACAGACAACGUGAUAAUUCAUUUAUCCAGCUGUCCACCUCUGUAUGAUGAUGUGAAAGUACGGUUUCUCUCUUCCUCAGUUCUUCCUAAAUACUAUGACAACUGCCCAUUUUUCUUCUGGUUCCAUACAUCUUUUAUACAAAAUAACAGGCUUUAUCUUUCAAGAAAUGAAUUGGAUAAUCCCCAUAAACCAAAAACAUGGAAAAUUUACCGUCCAGAGUUUGCAGUCGAGGUAUUUUUUGAUGAGGUCGUAGCUGGUACCUAAUUAAGCGUAGUUCCCUUUCUCGGACAGAAUCAUGUUCUUCACAAUCCCUGCCACAUAUUUGUAGCUUCUAAACCUCCUUCCUUGCUGGUAUACUUAUAUUUACAUUCAUGUACAUAUGUUUUUGCCAAACCUAUU